UUUGCGCCUCCUGAUGUUGGUAGGUAAAUAUGCGUUUCGUACUGACGUAAAAUUACUCGGCACGACAAAGCUUUGUCCUCCAGCCUUAUCCCGGAGUGGAAUUCAAAAUUAUAUAAGAGCCUUCGCUGGGCGGCUGUUUUGAUAUAGCAAUUGCUCCAUCACUGCCGCUCGUUUCGCUGCUCGUGUAACCUAAAGAUGAAGACGUUUACGUCCAUUACGCUGUGCGUUCUGCUUGCUGCCGUGUCGAUCCAGGCACAACUGUCGAUGCGGGAAUUGUCCGAAAUUACAGAGACUUUCCGUGUGCGCUUUGACGACCUGCACGACGACAAGGAUGAUUUCAUCAACCUCGCACGCCGGUUAACUCGGGCUGAGCUGAAGGGAUUGAAUGAGGCGACACUGGCAAAUCUGGCCAAUGCACGAGAGGACAUCGAUGACAUUCUUUUGGAUACCCGUGAGGAGAUUGCGGCCGCCAUUAUCGAGCCAAACGCGAACGAACAGUGUCUGCUUGGUUUGGUCGACACGGUCAUUGCUGAGGGACGCACUGCAGGUGAAGGUAUGAGCGCCUGUGCCGCUGACAAGAUCGCCAUCAAGGAAGGACUCGGCGAUGAGUUCCGGGCACUGACCAACACGCUGCAGCGCAUCGCAACGGCUGCGUCAGAGUACACGCUCUACACGUUCGCCAUUCACAACUCGUUCACCGAUCCCGAGGAGCAUGUCGAAUGGUUGGAGGAGAACUACGACAAUCAGGUCGAGUUCUGGGACAAUGUUGCCCGUCCGGAAGCGCAGGAAGAUCUGGACAAUCUGGAAAUUAAUCGUCCGGCUCUGGUUGAGGAAAAUCGGCAAUGUCUGAACGCAGUGGUUACUAGCCUCAACACGGCCAUGAAUACCGUUCGUGGACAAAUCAACAGCUGUUAAAUGGAAUAUUGUAAUUUCUUGUGGACGCCAGUAUCUUGAGCCAUCCAAUCUUAUUUACAUCAUUUUUUUGCAUUACCGUACUUGUGAGUAUGUGUGAAACAGUUACGAAAUAAAACCAUGAUAGGCUGGACGCACAG